UAAAUGGUAAAUUAUUGACGCAGGUACGAUCACAGAAGACAUGGUUCCCUUUAUUCGUGAGAUCCAGCCAGAGGAGAGGUGGCUGUACAAGUACCCGCACAUCCAGCAUGAUGCUGUGCCAAGCACUGUCAUGUUUGCAAUAGCAAUAUCAGCACCACUAAUGGUGGUUAUUGUCUAUUCCACUGUCAAACGAGACAAGAUAGAAGCAUUCCAAGGAAUUCUAGCUGUAACCCUGGCCUUGGUGCUGAAUGGGGUUGUUACCAACACAGUUAAACUCAUGUAUGGCAGACCCAGACCGGAUUUCUUCUCCCGUUGUUUUCCUGAUGGAAAGUGGAGUAAAGAUAUGAAAUGUACCGGAGACCCUGACACCAUUAUUGAGGGCAGAAAAAGUUUUCCCAGUGGACAUUCCUCAUUUUCCUUCACAGGACUGGCAUUUGCUUCUCUGUACCUAGCUGGAAAACUGCACUGCUUCCAGGGCAAGGGGCGUGGCCAGUCUUGGAGACUUCUUCUUGCAGGCUUGCCCCUGCUUGGUGCCACUAUGAUUGCCUUGUCUCGAACCUCUGACUACAGACAUCACUGGCAAGACGUUGCUGUGGGAUCUACCAUGGGACUGCUGAUGGCGUACACCAUAUACCGACAGUACUAUCCUGCCCUCAGCAAACCUUGCUGUGACAUGCCCCACGUAGCCAUCACACCACUGGCAGACAGUGUUCUCAGUAGCUACAGUGUGGACCAAGAUACUCUGAUACAAGUAAAGACUUCAGAUUCAGCCAUUAAAAUGAUCUGAAACUUAGGAAUGAGGUUGCUUGCUUCUGAGAGAUGACAUGUCAUGUUUUGUUAAAAAAUGGGCCAAAACCAAUGUACUUGCACAGUGUCACACAUUGUUACUUUUAUGUGGCCAACAUGUUCUGCAAGUUAUUCCUGUAGGAUACAAAAAUCGUGUAUCAGGGACCUUCAUUACUUCCUUAGUUACAUUGUAUCUUAUGUCAGAUGAAAAAUGUCCAUUCUUGUAGUCAAAAUUAUUCCAUGUUAAUCUGGUAGACUAAAAGUUAAGUACAUGUAAGGGAAAAAAGAGUAUGUUAACAUGUUAUGACAAUGACACAUUCCAAACAUG